GUUCCUGCAUUAGUUCUGAACUUCUGAUUUUUCACUCUCUACGUUAGCUCACUACUCACUAGUACUGCUCAUCACCACUCCCCUGUUCUUUCUCAAUCUCUCUCCUCAUUUAAAGCUUUUCCGCCCUUGCGAAUAUAUUCUCCCGCAUUUUUCGCUUCAAAAUUCAUCUUUAGCUUUUUAUUUUCUCCGCAAAUUCCGAAUAUCAGUUGCAAAUACUUCAAUUAAAAUACAACAAUUCCCAGAUAAAUAUUCUUUUACAAAAAUGGGUAGUGGGAAGCAUCGUUGGAAAAUCUCAAUCUACAGAUCAAAUUCAACAACAAGCAAGCUCGAUACGCGAAGCUCGAAACCUCCAAACGAGUUCAUCUGCCCAAUUUCCGGGUCACUCAUGGCUGACCCGGUUAUUGUCUCAACGGGGCAGACAUUUGAGCGAGCUUGUGUUACGGCGUGCAAAAAUCUAGGGUUUACUCCCACUUUAAACGAUGGUUCUGUACCCGAUUUCUCCAUGGUUAUCCCCAAUUUAGCCCUCAAAACCUCCAUUUUUAACUGGGCCAAUGUUUCUCUCUCCUCCCCACCAAAACCCCUCGAGCUCGCCGAUGCUCUGAAGCUUCUAGAGUCGACGCCAGCGGCAGCGGAAAAGUUGACGGCGGAAGGUGGUGGAGUUGAAUCGGGGGAGUUAAUACGACGAGUCGGUGAGAGCCCCGGUCCGAAUCUCUUCCAACACGCCGAUAGUGAGUUGAGUCGGAGGCAGACCCGGUUCGACUCGGGCGAGUCUCUGUCGGGUUCGUUUACUGGGACGCCGCUGGUUCUUGCGACUCGGCCAAGUUGCUACUCUUCCUGCUCGUCGAGUUCUGAGUUCGAGUUGUCCGAGUCAGGCACGUGCGAAGAUGAUGUGUACGUGGCGAGGCUUAGGAGCACACACGUGUACGAGCAGGAGGAAGGAUUGGUUGCGUUGAGGAGGACCACCAGAAGUAGCGUGGAGUCGCGGGUAAGUCUGUGUACUCCGCGGCUUCUCUCCAGUCUCCGGUGUUUAAUCUCGUCCAAGUAUACUGACAUUCAGGUGAACUCAGUAGCAGUAUUGGUAAACUUAUCCCUAGAAAAUGUUAACAAAGUAAGGAUUGUAAGAGCAGGUUUUGUUCCCCCUCUAGUUGAUGUGUUGAGGGGGAGAUCCCCUGAAGCACAAGAACAUGCUUGUGGUGCACUCUUCAGCUUAGCCCUUGAUGAUGGGAACAAAACUGCUAUAGGAGUUCUGGGCGCAUUACAGCCAUUGUUCCACAUGAUGAUGAGAUCAGAGAGUGAACGAGCCAGACAUGAUGCAGCAUUAUCUUUAUACCAUCUCUCAUUGGUCCAAAGCAACAGAUUAAAACUGGUUAAAUUUGGGUCAGUCCAGUUAUUACUAGGCAUGGUCAAGUCGGGUCAAAUGCCAGGGUGUGCCUUGUUAAUAUUAUGUAACUUGGGGGCUUGUAAUGAAGGAAGGGCUGCUAUGCUGGACGCUGGUGCGGUUGAAUUCUUGAUAGAGUUGCUUAGGAAGGGUGAAUUUGACUCUGAAUCAACUCAAGAGAGCUGUGUUGCAGCACUUUGUGCACUGAGUCAUGGUGGUGGUUUGAGAUUCCGAGGAUUGGCUAAGGUAGCAGGGGCAAUGGAUGUACUUAAGGAUGUAGUUGAAAACAAUAGUCGCGAACGUGCAAAGGAGAAGGCAAGGCGAGUUCUGGAGAUGUUGAAAGCAAAGGAGGAAGAAGAAGAGGAAGUAGAUUGGGAGAAGGUGCUCGAAUCAGGGUUCCAAAGUCGACCCAUAACUCGACCCGGAGGUCAAUCAUGCAGUAAUUCUACCGAUUUUUGACUGAUUUAAUUAUGGUUUUGGAAUUUUGGGUUGUGUUUAUAAUUUGGAAGGUGGUUUUAAAAUCCUGCUGGGUGUUUUGACAUGGUCUAAUUGAAAAGGUGUAAAUAAUGGGUUCAGUACAGAAAUGGAGUUAAGAUGAUGAAUUUACGCAUCACGAGGCGUGUUUAAUGUAAUUAUGUAAAGUAAUUGGUCUCUAAUGACCUGUUUUUGAUUCUUUGAUGAGCUUUCUAGAGGUUUAUGAAGUCUAGAAGUUGCAAGUUGGGAUUGUUUAUCAACUUUAAAAACUUGUGAUACAGCUCAAAUUAGCAGGUAAUUGCAAAACCAGCUGCUUUCAAUUA